GAAUUCGCUCAGAGUCGAGCUCAGUUAUUGAGAAGCUUUGACGUAAGUCGGUUCAAAAAUGUUAUUCCUUUUGAGAGCCAUCGUUGUGCUCGCUCUACUGCACUCCUUUGGACACACGCAAAAUGCAGACGAUCAGCUGGUGAUCAAAGAAAACCCAUGCGAUAGCUAUUGCUUCAAUGUGUUGAAGCCCAUGUUGGAGCACAUAUCCAUUAUGCAAAAUCGGUGGGAAGAAUGCGGAGCAAUGAAAUCGGUCAAUGCCAGCGACAGACUGGAUAAAAUUGAGCAACAGUUGCUGGCACAGCAAGCAAUUCAAGCCACAAAUGCAGCAGCUAUUCAGGAAAAUAAACAUAAUUUGACGGACCAAAUGAAGUCAAUUGAAAAGUAUAAGCGGGAAUUGCGAAAACCCUUUGAGAAGAUCGGAUCUGGAUAUUAUUACAUCGAGAAUGCGAUGAAACUCAGUUGGUUCGCAGCCGUCCACACAUGCCAUCGAUACGGUGCACAUUUGCUUGAGCUGAACAAUCGCGAGGAACUGGAUGCACUCAUUCCGAAACUGCAUAAAGAUUACGCUUAUUGGAUUGACAUCAAUGACCUCAGCCAUGAGAAUGAAUUCCUUUCGAUGACAACAGGCCUGGGGGCAGAGUUUCUCAACUGGAGAACUGGGGAACCGAAUAAUGCACAGCAAUUGGAGCAUUGCGUGAAUAUGUUUGGAAUAGGUUUUCAAAUGAAUGACUUUAAAUGCGGCGCAGAGACGUAUUUCAUCUGUGAGUCAUUUGAGGAAUGAAACAAUACAUAAUAUGCGAGUGUACAAAAUAAAAAAUAAAUAAAUGUCUUUUGAAUUAUUACAAUAUGGAAAUGGCAUAAUAGUUAUGAAUUGAUUUCUUAUCAUGACUUAACACUUUUUUGCGGACUCUUGAAUAAUUCAUUGGAAGUGGAGUUUUUAAAAAUUUCUCAAGUAUUUAUAUCGUAGUCUUUCGAGCAGUUUAUUGUAUUAUCGAAAGUGGGCCAACGUAAUGUGUAUGAAAUAUUUCAAUUGGUGUGCAAUUAUAAAUAAUGUAUUAAAAUGUUUAGUUUACAUUCAAGUAGAUAAACUUAAGUUAAUGAUUCAAUGUGAUGUUAUAAAACAACACAUCUUACAGAUUAGUAAUAAAUUCAUUUUUUGCGUUAUCGUAUUGAUAUCGAAUUAUA